AUGAAUUCCCUCUUUCGGACCCAUGGCUUCGAGCCGCUAGUGAAUGUGGAAGACGGAAGCCCUGGAAGCUCGGAAAAGGCGGCUCCGGAGCCUGAAUCAUGUAGCUGCCUUCGGGUUAAGCUGGCUGUGCGGAAGAUGGCAAAGAAGGCCGUCAGGAGGAACUCUCAUCGGGAAUCUUUUGGAAUCAAGGCCCCGCAGACUCUAUUCAAGCUGAUGCUGCUUUUCCUGACCUUCGCCGUCGGAAUAUGCAUUAUCGGCCUGAAGUUCAAUGUGCUGACCUUGUGGAUGCAGUAUUGGAUCUACGUGCUGAUCCUUUUCCUCAUUGGAAUUCUCCUGCUCCUGGCAGGGAUGAUCAGCCCCAGAUUUUACGCAAACCACUCCACCAGUGAUUCUUUACAGGCAAGCUGGGCGAAAAUGCAAGUUCUGGCCAAGUUCCUCUUUCCUGUGAUCCUUUUCUAUGGAGAUGUGAUCAGUGACAUCUUGCUGAUUUUCAAGUUCUGGGGCGAGGGGAUGAAGCCCUACGCGAUUCUCAACUUCCUGGCCAUUCUCGCUGGCUCCACUGCCUCGGUGGUGAACGGUGUCGAAAAUACCUCGCUGGAUAGCUUGCUGCUCACAGUGGUGAUGUUUUUUCAGCUGACGCCUUUGGCCGUGGCUCUGCAGUCCAUCGGGCUGUUUUGUGCCGCAGUCGAUUCCAGCGGGACAGACCCCAGGUACAAGGACUUAGUGGGGUACUUGCGUGAUCGAGGUUGUUACACACUCCUUGCACAUGCGCUGGUCGGAGAGGCCUUCACAGAAGCACUUUUGAGCACCUUUCUGCAGACCUAUGCGCUCCUGCGUCAUUCCAUAAGCUGGACACUUCUGACAGAACUGUCUCUGGUCUUCAGCAUCGGAUCGAUCGUAAAGUCCUUUGCCAAGUUGGACCUGCGGGGCCAUGUGUCCCGGGAUAUUAAAGGCCAAGCCAUCGUCGUGGGUUUGGCGGAGUGGACAUCUCUUCCCUUCAUCUUGGUUGUGAUCUACCGGCUCGCGGAGGUAGCAAGCCAGGUCCUGUUCUUUCCAUUCUUUCAGAUGGUCGAAGAUCGCCAUGGGGUUAUCUUCGGUCUUCGAUGCAGCGGUGUUCUGUUCUGGCUCUUGGACCUUGUCCUGCAAGCAGCCCUGGUGUAUCACAGCACCCGGAACCCAAAGAAGCUUCUGUGGGCAGUGCCAAAUACCAUCGGUGCUUUCGAGCCCAUGCUCCUGGCAGGCUCCGAAGCAGUCUUUUGCACCUCCGCACGUCUCCAGGUAUUGAUCCACUUCUUCGAGCUGGUCUUGGGCACUGCUUUCGUGUGCUUCUUCCACACCCAAAGGGUGUAUGAUUUUUGUUUGGAGCGUCCCCACAUCAUUUGCGGCUUGCUCGUUUGCAAUGUGGUAAAGUACGGACUCUUUAUCUUCAUAAGGACAUUUUCGGCAUAUCCUGUCAUUUGCUCGGAGGAGUUUCCGUUCGCGAAGAUUCUGUCAAAAGAAGCCAUCGAAGUUGCCGAUCUUGCCGACAAGCGCGUGCCACUAGAAGUGGUGAUUUACUCGAAUUUCAGUUUGGAUAAGGGGACGGACCGAAAGAAGAUCUUCGAUGCUAUGAAUCGCCAGAGUGACGGAUUUCGCGACGACAUGGCUGGCAAUGUCUGUCAUUUAGUCAGCCGUCUCGCAUACAACCAGAACCGACAGAGGAAGGAGUCUUUGAUAGCUGAGGGUGCGGGCAAGGCAGUCCUUGCCGCUGUGGACAUGCACAUCGAUGAUGAGCAAGACGAUGUCCCGGCGCUUAGGGGGGCCUGCCGAGCCAUCCUGAACUUGACGGUGGGCAGUGCUGAGAACAAGCGUUUCCUCGCAGAGCAUGGGCCAGGGAUGAUGUUGAAGUGCAUGCAGAGGAAAGACCGGUUCCUCCGCAGGUAUGCCUGCUUCACUCUCGAAGCUCUGGUCGCGGACAAGGACAUUCGUGCCAAAAUGUCGCAACACUGGAAGCCCAUCGUCGGCAACUUGGAGGCGGAGCAUCGGGCUGACAACCUGCUUCAAACAGCUGCGUGCGGACUGAUUGCCAAACUCGCCUGCGAUGAACACCUCCGGAAGGAGUUGGUGAGGGGUGGUUGCCACGCAGAUGUUGUCGAAAGCAUGCGCCGGCAUCCCAACGACAUGGACGUCCAGCGCGACGCGUGCUUUGCACUUCGGAUGUUGGCACCGGCCUUCGACCCUGAAACGCAAUUCGAGCUAUUGUCUAUGGGUGUGCGCGCAGACAUCCGGAAGGCCAUGGAAAACCACAGCAACCAGCCGUCCUUCCAAUACGAAGCGUGGAACCUGUUGCAGAGUUUGGAUGCAGGUGGUGCUGGGAGACAUGCGUUUGCAGUGGAAGGCGAUUGCUCUCCCGGUGGCUUCAUACAUGACCGUGAAGGAUCGCCACGGUGGCGUGCUGUGAGCAAAGGUGCAUGA